AUGACCACAAACAUUCGAAAAACCCAUCCAUUAUUUAAAAUUAUUAACAGCUCACUUAUUGAUCUCCCCACCCCAAUCAACAUCUCAAUUUGAUGAAAUUAUGGUUCACUCCUAGGACUUUGUUUAAUUAUCCAAAUCCUCACUGGCCUAUUCUUAGCCAUACACUACACCCCAGAUAUUUCCUCAGCCUUCUCCUCAGUUGUCCACAUCUGCCGAGAUGUAAAUUAUGGAUGACUAAUCCGUAAUAUCCACGCCAACGGGGCCUCCCUCUUUUUCAUCUGUAUUUACAUCCACAUUGCCCGUGGAUUCUAUUACGGAUCCUACCUUAAUAAAGAAACAUGAAAUAUUGGAGUUAUCCUGUUAUUCUUAUUAAUAGCCACAGCCUUUGUAGGAUAUGUUUUACCCUGAGGUCAGAUAUCAUUUUGGGGGGCAACAGUCAUUACUAACCUCUUAUCCGCUUUCCCUUAUAUUGGCAACAUCUUAGUCGAAUGAAUCUGAGGGGGUUUCUCAGUUGAUAACGCAACCCUCACCCGAUUCUUUGCCUUCCAUUUUUUAUUUCCAUUCCUAAUCGUUGCAUUUACUCUACUUCAUCUCAUCUUCCUACAUGAAAUAGGCUCUAAUAACCCCACGGGACUUAACUCCAACACAGACAAAAUUCUGUUUCACCCGUACUUCUCUUACAAAGACCUUCUAGGUUUCUUUAUUUUAAUGCUCAUUCUAACCCUCCUUGCUCUCUUCGCACCCAACUUACUAGGGGACACAGAAAACUUCAUCCCAGCUGAUCCACUACUUACACCCCCUCACAUCAAACCAGAAUGAUAUUUUCUAUUUGCCUAUGCCAUCCUACGCUCCAUCCCGAACAAGCUAGGGGGUGUCCUUGCUCUCUUAUUCUCUAUCCUUAUCCUUAUGUUUGUACCUCUACUACACACAUCCAAGCAACGAAGUGCCACAUUCCGACCAAUCACCCAAAUCUUAUUCUGAACACUACUCACAAACACUAUUAUCUUAACAUGAAUCGGAGGCCAACCAGUAGAACAACCAUUCAUUAUCAUCGGACAAAUUGCCUCAAUUGUCUAUUUCCUCUUAUUUCUCAUCCUUCUUCCCCUUGCCGGCUGGUGAGAAAAUAAGAUUUUAAACCUUUAA